GGCUGACGGAUUCUGUUCGCCCAGUGAAGGGAGAUGGUUUUAAGUGGCCUGGACGAUGCGACCAUCUUUAUAGCCCAUUUCUUUUAUAGUAUUCAUCCUAUAAAUUCCCUAUUUGUAAGGGUGUAUUCGCAGAUUUUGACCCAGCCUUGAAACAAAAAGAUAAGAGGGCACUCAGGAUUAUUGAGUCGGGGUUUUUAUGAGUUUGAAGGAUUCUGCUGAAAUACAUUGCGAGCGGAAGGGUUGGAUAACAAAUUAUCAGGGCCAGAGCUUGUGGGGCUAUAUCCAGGAUUAUAGCCUGCUUUACGUAUCAAACAUGGCAGCUGGCGGUUAUGCCUUGACCGUCACGCUCCGUAUCUUCAACCGUGAAGGGCACACAACCAGAUUGUUAUGCAACACGCCUCUCCCACUCAGUCAGCUGAUUGUACUUUGCCCCAGAAAGCAUUCGCGAUUCCAUUGUGACUACCAUUCACUUGAACUGUAUCUAUUUAGAUGCACUCCUUCGACAAAAGUAUCCAACAAGCAACCAAAUUUACCAAAUGUAAAAGUAUUAAUAGUCAGAGUAGCCUAUAGGCUACUACCUAUAAUCCAGAUUUUGCCGUAUGAUUUAGAAAACUCCGAAUUUAUCAAUAUUGGAAGAAUAGGUCAAACGAGAAUACGACUUUAUACUUGACGUGACUUUAUUUAUGUAUCUAUCACAUUGUGUACAAAUACAUGACUUGAAGAAAGGCUCAUGGACAGGCUCAUGCCCAAAACUGUCUCAUUCCCAAUUUUUACUAAAGUAACUACUUCACUAGGCAAUUUGACUUUCUGGCUCGAAACUUCCUUCAUGUUGAGGUCACUUAGAACCCAUACCACGAGAGAGUGGAAAAAUCAGGAUAUUUUUGGUUCGACAUUCUCGGUCGAUAAUGUACAAAUGAAUGGUUAUACAAAUCCAAACUACGCUAUAAGACAAAACAACUAGAAAAGAUUCAGUAGUUU